AUGGCAUUCGGCCAGCACAGGGUGACCUCAGGAUCGACAUAUUCGCUACUGCGUCGCUUAAAUCUGUUAGAUGAUCGCUCAAUAAAGUUCAACAGGCAGGAUUCCUUCGAGAUAUCGCGCAAGCAAGCAUGCGAACACAUGUUAAAAAAGCACGAAGAAAACAAGAAACGUUAUGAUCUUCGUUCCCGUAACGUCGCUUAUGCUGAAGGUCAAGACGCUUAUCGACGUAACUUUAAACAGAGUUGCUUCCAAAAUGGUUAUAACGCCAAAUUCGGUCCGGUGUUCGUGAAAUCCCGAAUUCGUAGAAAAAUCGGUAAUUCUUACCAUGAACUGGAGGAUCUUCAAGGGAAGGUUGUCGGUAUUUACCAUGCCAAGGAUAUUCGGCAGUAG